GACAUUCGUAAUUUUUCGGUCGCUCAAAUCGGACGCAUUUUGUGUUGUAUUGAUGCGCAAAGUCUAUUUUUAAAACGCGCCGCGACCGCCAGUGAAUACUAAAUUGUGCAAAAGCACAUUAAAACAAAAACUUUAAAAUUAUUAUUGCGUUACACAAAUUGAAUGUGUACAAACUAGCUCCAUUAAAAAGAAGAAUAAGCAGCAAUGAGUGGGGAAAUUUAUCAGAUAGAGACGCGCCGGCGAUCGCGCUCAAAGACGCCAUUUCUGCGCUCUAGCUGCGAUCAUGAGAACUGCGAUCAUGCCGGCGAAGAGGGGCAUGUGCAUCACAAGAAGAAGAAAUCAUCGGCAGCCCCAAAUGUGCGAACCAUUGUCGAGGAGCACGUGGAGCAUGCGAGCACCAGCAGCAGCAGCAGCAUCAGCACAACAACCACACGCUCCAAGGGAUUCACUCAGCUAACGUCGCUGUAUUCGGGUGACGAAGCAACACCGGAUGCCAAACGCAACCAACAAGCGGGAACAACCAGGAGCAGCAAGACGUCCACAGUGACCACGAUGUUGACCAACACCAGCCAGAGAUUGGGCAAUGCUCUGCAUAGCUUGACAGCAGCAGCAACCUCGACGCCACGCAAUCACUUGGAGACCACGCAAAAUGUGCUCAACUCGGCACAGGAGCGAAGUCGCACAAAUGGUGCUGCCAAUUUGAGUCCCGAUCACAUAGCCUACAUUGAGUACAGAGAUGCGGGUGAAUACUGGAACAAAACACCGAAAACGGAUUAUACGUACUCGGAACUAUCGCCACAUCGUCGCCAGCUGGCCCCUGGCAUUGUGGCCAUGCCGAAUAUGUCGCGACGCAGUCUGGCCAAUCACAAUGAGCGCGUUGAUUUCAUGGUGCAACAGAAUCCGGCCCAAGAGGAGUUCAUACGUCGUCGUUAUCAGGCGAAUUACACGCAUCUGAACUACGAUUCCAACGAUGAGGUGGACAUAACACGUUUUGGUCAGCAGAAGCAAAGCUGGUGGCUGGUGCGUUUCAUCACCUUUAUUGUGACCAGCGUGAGCAGCACUUGGUCGCGUAUAACCAGCAGCUCCUCAGCCACGGAGACGAAUUCAUAUAAGAACUAUUAUGCCAAUCAGCAGCGUCGUCAGCAACAAGGACUUGUCGCCACUUUCGUGUCGAGUGUAUAUCGUUACAUUUACUUGGGCAUUGCAUCGGUGCUCAGUUUGGAUACUUGGCUAUUGAAAUCGGGAAAUGCGGAUAACAAAUCGAAGAAGCGUUUCUUAAUCUUGUUGCUGCUACUGUUGCCAUUGCUGUUGCUAGCGGCUUGGCAUCAACUACCGCAGGAGCAGCGCCUGGAGUUGGUGCAACGUGGCGAGGCUUUGUUGCCGUUGCCACUCACUUUGCUGGCCGCCGCACGAGCGCACCUGUUGCAGGCAGGAGUUGCCAUCAAGUCGCUGGCGCAACUGCCAAGCGGACAAACGGAGUCGGAGGAAUCAGCGGCCACCAUCAAGCUGCAAAUGGAGCAAAUGCAGCAGAAUAUGCGCAAGUCGCUGACACCCGAGGAGUAUGAGAAUAUACUGAACCAUGUGAAUAGCUAUGUGCAACAGCUGGUGGAACUGAAGUUGCAGCAGCAGCGCGAGACGCAGGCACAAAAAUUGUCGCCGCAACAAAUUCAAAUCAUUGUGCAAUUGAUGCGCGAGAAUCUUCAGCAAUUUGCGGAGCAGAAGACGCAGUUCAGCGAGCAGCAGUUGGCGGACUUGGCGCUGCAGUUGAAGCUGCAGCUGCAACAGGCGGGUGAGUGGCAGACACAGCAGCCGGUAAGCUUAACUGCAGCACAGCUUGAAGAGAUUACGCGUUUGAUCAAAGCGGAAGUGAAAUUGGAGGAGAAUCACUACACGUUGCUGUUGGAGCGCAUUGAUUUGACGGCGCUGGUGAAACGUUUGCUUGCGGCGCCAGAGUUGACAGAGUUGGUAGACAGUCGCAUCCAUUUGGCCAUCAACCAAAAGCAAGAGCAGCACGUGGAGGGAUCUGGUGGCCAGCAGGUGAACGCACAGCAGAUUGAGCAAUUGAAUCGGGAAAUUGCCUUCAUCAAGUUGGCACUGUCGGACAAGCAUGCGGAGAACGCUGAUCUUCAGCAAUCAAUCAGCAGUCUGAAACUGUCGCAGGACGAUCUCUUGGCACGUGUGCAACAGCAUGAACUCGCUCAGGAUCAACGCUUCAGCGGCUUGUUGGCGGAGAUCGAGAGCAAAUUGACGGCAUUGAAUGAAUCACAGUUUGUGCUGCUCAAUCGGCAGGUGAAACUGACGCUUGUCGAGAUGCUGGGCUUUAAGCAGGCGGCUGGCGCCUCGAUGGAGGAUGACGUGGAUCUGCAGAAUUGGGUGCGCAGCAUGUUUGUGGCCAAGGAGUAUCUGGAGCAGCAGCUGCUCGAGCUGAAUCAGCGCACCAACAACAAUAUUCGCGAGGAGAUCGAGCGUUCCAGCAUCGUGCUGAUGGGCGACAUCAGUGAGCGUCUCAAGCGAGAGAUUCUGCUCAGCGUGGAGGUCAAACACAAUGCGAGCGUACAGGCCCAGAAGCUGGACAUGCAGGAGCAACAGGUGCGCGACAUUGUCAAGUCUGUGCUGGCCAUUUACGAUGCUGAUAAGACGGGGCUCGUUGACUUUGCGCUGGAAUCGGCGGGUGGCCAAAUCUUGUCCACACGCUGUACCGAGAGCUAUCAGACCAAGUCGGCCCAGAUCUCGGUGUUUGGCAUUCCGCUGUGGUAUCCCACGAAUACGCCUAGGGUUGCCAUCUCCCCCAAUGUGCAGCCGGGCGAGUGCUGGGCUUUUCAGGGAUUCCCCGGUUUUCUGGUGCUGAAGCUUAACUCCCUGGUCCACGUCACAGGCUUCACGCUGGAGCACAUCUCCAAGAGUCUUUCGCCCACCGGACGCAUUGAUUCGGCGCCACGUAACUUUACAGUUUGGGGACUCGAGCACGAAAAGGAUCAGGAGCCUGUGCUCUUUGGUGAGUACGAGUAUCAGGACAAUGAAGCAGCGCUCCAAUACUUUGUCGUACAAAACGUGGACAUAAAGCGGCCCUAUGAGAUCGUCGAGCUGCGCAUCGAGACGAAUCACGGCCAUCCGGAUUACACGUGUCUCUAUCGCUUCCGCGUCCAUGGCAAACCGCCAGGCGCAUAAAAAAAUCCCACCCUCAGGUCUCCCACAAUAUAUAUAGUCAUAAGAUAAAGUUCGAGUCAGGUGUACAUAAACAAUGUCAGUGCCUUAAAAAGGAAAACAAACAAACUCUUAACAGCAGCUACUUAGAACAACUACUAUGCUGAUAAAAAACAGUUUAGGUUAUAGCAAAUUAGAGUCUAUAUAUUAUUGUAUGAUAAAUAAGUCGGGCAAAGUGUGUGCGUUAAGUUCAAUUUGUAUAUAUACGUACAUAUAUAUAGUGUAGACGUUAAGCUUCAUUCAACCUUUCUAAACUACUAUUGUGUCCUAUAUUAUUUAUUAUGUUUUUAGUUUUAAGUUUUUAACUGAAUUUUUUGUACCAAGCACAAGGCGCAGAGCAAAUCGCAAUUGAAUUGAUCGAGAACGCAUUUGCAAGUUAAUUUUAAAUUGUUCUUUUGCCAUUUUUGUAUAACGUUUAAAACUAAAUAGUCAUAGGCUUAUCAACUAACUUAAACGGAGCCAUAUGCUUGCUAUAUAAUUAAAAUUGUUGUAAGUUACCCAUGAGUUAAGUUCAAAUUAUGAAUUAUUUAUAUCUGGAAUCCCAAUAGAAACAAUCGAAAACUUUGCUGAAACACUGAAAUACUAUAUCUCGAUUUGAAGGCACUUAAAACAUAUCUCGAAAGCAAAACACACAAACUAAGCUUAGCAAGUGAACCCAAAAAUAGUUAACUAAUUAGUUGUACUAACUACACGCUAUUGUUGUUAAAUAUUAAGUACCAAUUUUUGUAUCCUAUAUCUACCACUAUACAUAUUUAGGCUACACACAAAACUGAUGCUUCAAACAGUUUUGUCGAAUUCGCCAUCUCUCUACGUCCAGUUUUUGCAGUUCUUUUUCUUACUUUUGAAAUAAAUGCGUUGCACAAUGA